GUCGAAAGACCUGCUGCAUAGCGACUAAUUUAUCUCUGUGUCGCCGGGUGCACUACUACGCCUUAGGCUUCGAGGCGCUCAUAUUUUUUAAUCAUUUUUCGCGUCGCCUGCCGCCGAUCCUCUUUCAACAGAUCUUCCGUCUCCCGCCCGCUUGUUGCUUAUUAACCUGCCGCUCAAUUGAACCUCGGUACCCGUUAAGUGCUACAACACGAAACAAGGGAAUAUCAAUAUACUCAAGAGACCCGAAAACCUCGAUAACUGACUAAGGGACCAGUGUAAUUAACAAGACAGACCAAUUAAAAGUCUCGUCCAGCUCUGGACCAGAGGCAAGCGCUGAGGUGGAGACUUAAACCGAGUUUCAGGAACUUCCAAAGUGAACAAGUCAGGGAGAUUAGUACGAUCAUUUACACGAACCUUCGUCUCGAUCAUACACAUAAAUCGUUCAAACGAUCCAGCAGUCCGCCAUUCAGUCAGUCAAUCAAUCAUCAAACAAAUAAACGAGCCAGAUGUCCUCCAACAAACCUGUUAUGACAUUGGCUUUUGAGCCACCUCCGCCGACAACUUCACAUGAGCUGAUUGUUGCUUUUCCCGCGGAACACGUUAUGCAACUAACGCUCAAUCGCCCAGCUGCACGGAAUGCAAUGUCGCCGACACUUGAAGCGGACAUCGGACGAACUCUCGCUUGGUUUGAUGCCCAGCCUAGUCUUUGGGUUGCGAUUAUUACAGGCAACGGCCGUGUCUUUUGUGCAGGUGCCGACCUAAAAGCUUGGGAGAAGGAGACGUCCGAUUCCAAUGUAAAAACGAAUCGACACAGCCCUGAAGGGAUCGUAGCCUUGACUCAUGGAUUCGGAGCCAUUUCGCGUCGCACGGCCUCAUGCAAGCCUCUCAUCGCCGCGGUAGUCGGCGGCGCUUUCGGCGGUGGGGUAGAGAUGCUUUUGAAUUGCGACCUUGUGAUCGCAGCGGACGAUGCUACCUUUGGACUACCAGAGGUCAAGGUUGGCGUAGUCCCUGCUGCUGGGGGCAUUCCGCGCCUCGUUGCUACAGCUGGUCGUCAGCUUGCCUCCGAGAUGAUGUUAUUCGGCCGGACGGUCACGGCUCAGGAAGCAUAUUCCCGUUUCGGCUUUGUUAACAAGAUCGUACCGAAGGAGCAAAUAAUACCAGAGGCUCUUAACUGGGCAAAUGCGAUCAUCCGUGACUGCUCGCCCGACGCUGUGCAAAGUACCAAGCGCGGAAUAAUUCUCGCAUGGCAGCACGGUGACGUCGAUGAAGCUAUGGUCAAACACGCACUCUCCGCUGAGAGUGUGCGUCAUUAUGCUGGAGAGAACAUAAAGGAAGGCCUUAGGGCGUUCAGCGAGAAACGCAAGCCUAAGUGGUCCAAUCCCGCAAAGCUAUAAUCAACUCGGCCCUUUACACAAGUAAAGUAUGUACGGCGUACCCAUUGAACCCUUUGAAUACACCCGGAUGUACAACACAAACCCUCAUCGAGAUAGCGAUAUGAUAUGAUAUGAUGUGACAGCCACAAAGCAUGACAUCUACGUAUCUUCCUCACUAGCUUAUCUCUUUUCUGACUUAUCAUCCAACAUGUGGU